CCCCCUCCAGCCCCGGAUGGGAGGAGGGGAUGAAAGUGAGGUUGGGCCCCGCGGCUUGCCGGGGCUCCUUCUUUCCCUCUCUCCUUCCCUCGGGCUGCGUCUCCUGGCGCUCACAGGGCGGUGCAGAUCCGAGGGUUGCAAGGUCUCCCUAUCCUACGAGGUUUCCAGUUCUACACCAGGGAUGCGAUUUAGCGACCAGAAGGACAGGGUGGACACAGCAUCCAUGGACUGAGACUAAAGUCCCCCACCAGGACUUGCCCAGCCAGCCCGCCGCAUCUGGGAGCGUGCCCUCCCGGCCCCGCCGGCGGCCCCCACCCCAGCGCCCACACCGCUGUCCGGACUGCCCCAAGGCUUUCUCGUACCCAUCCAAGCUGGCCACGCACCGGCUAGCGCACGGCGGCACCCGCCCGCACCCGUGUCCCGACUGCCCCAAGGCCUUCUCCUACCCGUCCAAGCUGGCCGCGCACCGCCUCACGCACAGCGGAGCUCGCCCGCACUCCUGCCCGCACUGCCCCAAGGCCUUCGGCCACCGCUCCAAGCUGGCGGCGCAUCUUUGGACCCACGCUCCCUCCCGCCCCUACCCAUGCCCCGAUUGCCCCAAGUCCUUCUGCUACCCCUCCAAACUGGCAGCCCACCGCCACACGCACCACGCCACCGACGCCCGCCCCUACCCUUGUCCACACUGCCCCAAAGCGUUCUCGUUUCCCUCCAAACUGGCGGCUCACCGCCUAUGUCACGAACCCCCCACUGCGCCCAGCAGCCAGACCACUGGCCACCACCGAUGCUCCAGCUGUGACCAGGCUUUUGGUCAGAGACGCCUCCUAUUGGUUCAUCAACGCAGCCACCACCAGUCCGAGGGCCAGGGAGAGAGGGAGUGAGCUGUUGCUCCAGCCGCCCAUCUGCCUCAGCCACGUGUCAAUAAAGACCUGAAUUUCCAAGCCCUGUUUUAUGUGUGGACUUUCCUCUAACUGGGAGAAAGACAGGGGCUUCAUACA